AUGGAAGCACUUGGUUUAUUGUUCCACCUGCUCCUUCUAGGCCUUCUCGUCCAUGCAGAGAUAAAUUUCACGUACAACGGAUUCCUCAAAGCAAACGUGACAACGGAAGGAGCUUCAUUUAUCAAGUCCGAUGGGAUAUUGGCAUUAACAAACGAUUCAGUGCGACUUAUCGGGCAUUCUUUCUAUCCAUCUCCAAUACGAUUUAAGAAAAGCAAUCCCAACAGAACUCAAGCAGCUGUUACAUUUAGCACAAACUUUGUAUUCUCUAUCAGUCCAAAGUACCCUGAGAUUGGAGGUCAUGGUCUUGCCUUUGUUCUCAUGCCUACUGAAAAGCUGAAAAGUCUUCCAAACCAAUACUUAGGCCUUCCGAAUGACACCGACAAUGCUCAUUUUUUCGCGGUGGAGUUCGAUGUAGUCCAGAACGUUGAACUUCAAGAUAUCAAUGAUAACCAUGUAGGAAUAGAUAUAUCCAGCCUGAUAUCCAGCAUAUCUGAGCCAGCUGCUUACUAUUCCUCCAAUGACAACCGGAGCAACCAGGUCGCUCUCAAGAGUGGGGAACCUGUUCAGGCAUGGAUUGACUAUGACAGCAACAAGAUGCUGAUGAAUGUAUCAAUAUCUCCUUGUGGCAUGUUGAGACCUCACCGCCCUUUGAUAUCAUUCCCCAUUGAUCUCUCAUUGGUGAUAGAUGAGUAUAUGUAUGUUGGCUUCUCUGCUUCCACUGGCUUGUUGGCGGCCUUACAUUAUGUACAUGGCUGGAGCUUUAGUAUUGAGGGAAGGGCACAAGAUUUAGAUCCAAGAAAGCUCCCAUUUCUGAAUAGUAAGCCUAGUAAACUGAUGCACAGCAAGGGAUUUGCAGUAGGUAUCACUUUAGCAAGCAUUACUCUGAUUUUCCUAGCGAUCAUUGGUGUUAUUCAGAUCAUAUUCAGAAUCAGAGAUGGAGAUGAGAUUAUGGAGGAUUGGGAAAUCGAAUAUAGUGCGCAUAGAUUCAAUUACUCUGAGCUCUUCUCCGCAACAAGAGGGUUCAGAGAGAAAAACCUCGUCGGUUCUGGAGGGUUUGGGAGAGUUUAUCGGGGGGUGAUUCGUAGUACCGGACUAGAAGUGGCAGUUAAGCGGGUGUAUAGUGGUUCUCGUCAAGGAAUGAGAGAAUUUGUUGCUGAAAUUACAAGUAUGGGGAGGCUUAGGCACCGGAAUCUUGUACACUUGCAUGGCUGGUGCCGGAAGCAAAACGAGCUCCUUCUUGUUUAUGAUUACUUCCCCAAUGGGAGCCUGGACAAGCUUUUGUAUGAAGACGGUCCACUGAAGGGAAAAAACCUUACUUGGGACCAAAGGUACAAGAUUUUAACUGGUAUUGCACAUGCAUUGCUAUAUCUCCAUGAAAAUUGCAAUCAGAGAGUAGUUCAUAGAGAUGUCAAGCCAAGCAAUGUCCUGAUAGAUGAAGAUCUAAACGCAAAGCUCGGGGAUUUCGGCCUGGCCAGAACUUACGAACACAAUAAUGAUCCACAGACCACACACAUUGUUGGUACACUUGGGUAUUUGGCUCCUGAGCUCACAAGGACCGGGAAAGCCACCACAAGUACUGAUGUCUAUGGUUAUGGUACGCUUAUGCUUGAAGUUGCCAGCAGAAGAAGACCGAUUGAGCCCCAGAGCGGUGCUGAUGAACUGGUGCUGGUGGAUUGGGCUAGGGAAUUGCAUUCUCGAGGAGAGAUCACCCGAGCCAUCGAUCCCACACUAAAAAAUUAUCAUUCAGGCGAAGCUCAGCUGGUGCUUACCCUUGGUCUUUUAUGCUGUCAUCCCCAUCCUGAUUACAGGCCCACCAUGAGAAGAGUCGUGCAACUUCUACUAGGAGAUGCCACCCUUCCUCCUCUACCCCAUGAUAUUCAUAUGGAAGUUCCUAUUGCAAUAACAGAUUAUUCGGAUACCUUUGGUGAUGAUUCUGACAAUCCUUCUAGCCAAAAAAUGUCUUCAUCCUCAAGUAAGAAUAGUUGGACAAUUGGUCACACUACAAGAGUUACCUUCUAG